CAUAAACAAAAAGUUGAAAUUUAAUCCAAAAACAAAACUUCGGGGAAGUACCUACCUCUUUUUAUGUCUAACGAAUUGUAGUUUCUAUAAACACUUUAGUUAUUUGUCAUAAGCGACUUUAUAAGCAUCGAAAUAAUUUACGUAAAAGUUAAAAUCUUAAUUUUUAAUUUUUAACAAAACAGUUAUUAACUAAAUAUUAAAAAGUUCGAAUAAAUUUGCAAAAUGAUUUCAAAAAAAAGUAAUUUUCUUUUUUUAACAAUUCUAUCAACAAUUGCGUUAUCUACUGAUGCUAUUUUCACAAUAGACAUUUAUCAAAAAUAUCCAGAAAGAUUAUUAGAACAAUUACAAAAUAAUAAACAAGUGAUAAAAACAUCUGAAAUACCACAAAAUGAGUCAAUUGUGUUAUAUAAAUUCAUGGAUUCAGAAUAUUAUGGAUUAAUAAAAAUUGGUAAACCAGCGAAAGAAUUUAAAGUUAUUUUCGAUACAACUUGGGGCGAUAUAUGGGUUCCUUCUUCAAGAUGCAAUUUAAUAGAAAUUGUUUGCAUGACUCAUACUAGAUACGAUAGCACAAAAUCGUCGACUUAUCAGCCAGACGGAACGAUAGUAAAUAUCACAACAGACUCAUAUUCUUUAUUAGGAUUUCUCUCCAGAGACAAUUUUUAUACGCCGCAUAAAAAUGUAACAAAUCAAACCUUUAUCGAAAUGACUCAUAUUUCAUUUAAAUCAUUUGCACUUCAAAGAGCGGAUGGAAUUGUUGGCUUAGGAUUUCAAGGUUUAAGUCAAACAAAUUCUCUUCCAUUCUUUUAUAAUUUGGUAAAACAAAAAGUCGUUAAAGAACCUGUAUUCACUAUUUAUAUGAACAGAGAUGAGACAACUGAGAAAGCUGGCCGACUCAUAUUGGGAGGAACUGAAAGAAAACAUCUUAAAGGAGAUUUAACAUUUGUGCCUGUGACUAAAAAACUUUAUUGGCAAAUUGAAGUUGACUCUAUUAUGCUGGAAAGUGCUAAGAAAACUUUCAUGAUUACUGGAAAUACAAAUGCUAUUAUGGAUACCAGUACCAAUACAAUAAAAGGACCUGCAAGGGAAAUUAUGAGAAUUAAUAAUUUAAUAAAUGCCAAAAAUAUUGCACCUCAAAUUGGAAGAUAUGUGGUGGAUUGUAGAGAAUAUGCAAAAUUACCUCGCAUUCAUUUUAUACUAAAAAACAAAAAUUUUACUAUUGAUUCAAAAUAUUACGUUCAACGGAUGUCUUUUAAAAGUAUGGAAGCAUGUCUGUCACCGUUUGUCGUAUCAGAACAAGAUUUUUGGCAACUUGGUGGCGCUUUUUUGAUGCAAUUCUACACGGAAUAUUAUUUUGAUGGUCGAAUUGCUAUUGGAGAAACUUUAUUUUAAAUUGAAAUCAAUGAUUAAGUUUUACUUGAAAUUACUAUUUAAAGAAAAGAAAAAUUUUCUUCAAAAUGAAAAAAAGUUUUCUAUUUUAAAAACAAUAAAAUCUCAUUUUUCUUUUAUAUAUUU